UUUUUUAGGCUGCAUGAAUUAACAAUUUUCAUAAAACAAGACCAAGAAUAUCAGAAAACCCUGGAAUCUCCUAGAAGGUUUUCGACUUUUCGGUAACCCCAAUUUUGGGGUUUUAAUAAACGACAGACUCAAAAAUUCGAAAUUUAAAAGUUGUUUCUCCUUUGCCGAUCAUUUUUCCUUUGACAGAAUCUGUUUUAUACUCUCUGUCUUGUGCGCGUGAGAGGGGAUAGAGAUAGAGAGAAAUGGCAAGUGAGUUUGAGGAAUCAGCGACAACAACAAAAGCUUCUCUUGGAAGCCCAACUUGGUCGGGUAAUAGUUCUAACGAGGUCGGUGAUUUUGAAUGUAAUAUUUGUUUUGAUUUGGCUCAAGACCCAGUGGUUACACUGUGUGGUCAUCUAUUUUGUUGGCCAUGCCUCUACAAGUGGCUCCAUCAUCAUUCACAUUCUCAAGAGUGCCCUGUAUGUAAGGCCCUCGUUCAGGAGGAGAAGGUUGUUCCCCUUUAUGGGAGAGGGAAAGCACAAACUGAUCCCAGGACUAAGUCAUAUCCUGGAUUGGAGAUUCCUCACAGGCCCAUGGGUCAGAGGCCCCAAACGGAUCAUCUCGAGCCCAAUUCAUUUGGGAAUUUUGGGUUUGGAUUGACAGGGGAAUUCAUACCCAUGGCUGCUACAACCUUUGAGUUUGGUGGCUUUAGACUUUCCACUGCUAACAUUGAAUUCCAUCCGUUUCAUGGUGCAACUGUGUAUGGAAAUGGAACCACCUCUGGUUAUCCCUUCGGGUUUGAUUCAUUGACCGGUCGAGAACAACAUAUUGAUCGGGACUAUGUUUUGAAGAAUCUGCUAUUGUUGAUUGGUGUGCUUGUUCUUUUCACAGUCAUUUUUGGGUGGUAAAACCAUUUGGAUGUUAAGCUGAGGAGUUUUUUUUUUUUUUUUUUUAGAAUAAGACAUUGUGUGUGUAUAUUUGUUAGCUGAUUCAAAGAGAGAAUGUUAUACCUUAUACUUUAUUAUAAGAAUACGUGUUAGCUACUUCCUUGUGUAUAGCUGUGUAUAUGUAUGUCACCUAAGAUCCUCUGUGUUUUGUGGGGUUCCAUUAGGCACUAUAUUGCUUGUGUGUCUCUUGUAUGUUUUAGAAGUAAUUUUAGCUGCUUUAUUUGUUAUUGAUUUAUUUAAAGCCAAGUUAAACUGCUACUUGUUUUGAACAUUUGACCCGU